AUGAAGAUAAACUCGAGACAAACAAGCCAAAGAGACGGCGAUAGGAAGGCGAAGAGCGGCGGAGGCGAUGAGCAUAGGCGAGAAGGUCAGCAGAUGGUCUCGGUUGACCUGCGGCUGGCGAGUUCUGCGGGAGGAGGCAUCUCUGGCGUCCCCCCAUAUAAUCACGGCCUCCCUCAGGCCUCCCAGCGGGCCCUGGAUCAGUCACAUAACCCCCUACAGGCUAUGGAUGACGACAAGGAGGGGACCAUGUCGAGAUCUCUUCAGGUCUGGGCUGCCGAUAAAGAGGUGAAACAUACGGAUUGCAAGAUGGACCAAAGAGCCAGCAAAGCGACCUGUUGA